UGCCGGUGAAGGCGGCGGUGGCGGUGCCGCCGGCUCCCGCCGCCCCCCGGCCCCGCGUCCCUAUGGCCGGGCAGGAGUGGGACUGGUUCCAGCGCGAGGAGCUCAUCGGGCACAUCAGCGACAUCCGAGUGCAGAACCUCCAAGUUGAACGCGAAAAUGUACAGAAGAGGACCUUUACCAGAUGGAUAAACCUGCACUUGGGAAAGUGCAAGCCUCCUUUGAAAGUGAAAGACUUGUUUAUUGAUAUACAAGAUGGCAAAAUCUUGAUGGCGCUCCUGGAAGUCCUGUCAGGACAAAAGCUGAUGCACGAAUACAAAUCUUCAACCCAUCGCAUUUUUCGUUUGAACAACAUAGCCAAAGCACUUAAGUUCUUGGAGGACAGUAACGUAAAGCUUGUUAGCAUCGAUGCAGCAGAAAUAGCAGAUGGAAAUUCCUCUCUGGUACUUGGACUAAUAUGGAAUAUAAUCUUGUUUUUUCAGAUUAAGGAGCUUACAGGCAACCUCAACAGGAACUCCUCCUCCUCCAGCCUGUCCUCUGGGCCCAGUGGUCCAGAAUCAGACACAUCCCCCAGCACUCCCAGCGUGGAGAGAAACAUGUCCAUUACAGUGAAGGAUCAGCGGAAAGCCAUCAGGGCCCUUCUAAUCUGGGUUCAGAGGAAAACCAGAAAGUAUGGCGUUGCAGUCCAGGACUUUACAAGUAGUUGGAGGAGUGGCCUUGCUUUCUUAGCUGUCAUAAAAGCCAUAGAUUGCACUUUGGUAGACAUGAAGCAUGCACUGGAGAAAUCAGCACGAGAAAACCUGGAGGAUGCUUUCAGCAUAGCACAGAAUAAACUGGGUGUCCCUCGGCUCCUCGAACCAGAAGAUAUCAUGGUGGAGUCACCCGAUGAACAGUCAAUUGUGACAUAUGUGGCACAAUUUCUGGAGCACUUCCCAGAGCUGGAAGGGGAAGACUUUACAGAUCCUGACAAGGAGCUUCCAAUUGAGUCCACCUAUGUCCACAUCAAAGACACACCAUCAGAAAAGGAAGGCAAAAUCUUGAUUUUAAGUGAAAGUGAAGAAAGCAUGUAUACUGUUAAUCAUGAGAGGAGCCAUCCGGCUCCUCCGAAGGUCCAUAUUCAUGACAUCCCUGAGAGAAUCCCAUUAGAAACCACUUCUGAAAAUUGUAAUGGUAAACUGAGUCAAGAGUUAGAGGAUUUACAGGAAGUGUCUGAAGAGGAGCCUCAAAGGCCUACCUCACUGAAAAUUACAGGACCUGUCAGUUUGGAAUCCAAUUCCUCUUGGGAGGUUCUAAAUGAUAAAUUCAUGCCAGGUGAAGGCAGCAUCUCUGAUGAUCCACUGAAACAGAAUGAUGACCUUUCUCCAGCUGUUCUGACAGAUCAGAAAAAUUCUGUUGACUCUUUUGAAGAAUACUCUGAGGAAUUAACUAAGGAAACCCCUACUGAAUAUGACAACGAAACCAAGAGCCUUUCAGCCAAUACUUCUUCUUUGAGUCCAUUAUCCUGGACUUCAGGUAUACUUACAGAUGAUUCUAUCAAUAAAGUCGAAGAGAGCAAACCCCAGUCUUCAAUUCUUUUACCAGAAGAUACAUCAAAACAAGAAGAUACGCAGAAGUACAUUCUCCACCUUCUAAAUGAGGAGACACAGACACUUCCACAAGAUGAACAUACAAAGGAAUCACCUGUCCUUGAGACAAGAGAAACAAGCCCUUGUUCACCGAAUGGUUCUAAUCUCGAAAGCCAAGAACUAUCUACACAGCAUGAAACAUCUGAUGACUCUCUCUCAGAUGUACCCAAAACUCCAGAGGACCUGGACAGCUGUGAUGAAGUUGAGUCUGCCCCUGAAGUGCUACCCAGUUCUUCAAAAGUAUCCGUGAUACCCCAUGAUCUCUUUUAUUAUCCACAUUAUAAUGUUCCCAUAUCAGCAGUUCUGAACGCUUACCUCGAGCCUUGUAUUGAAGUUUAUGACACAGGAAAUGAAAAAGCUUCUUCUGAAACAGUAACAGAUGUUUUACAUGACCAGAACUUACCAGAACAGGACCACAAGGAAAAUGCUCCAGAGCCAGACUUGGAGAAUAAUCUAGGUACCUCUCCAUCAGAAACAGAUACUGAGAACAGCGAGGAGGAAACUACAAAAACGAGCAGUCACGUGAAUUCUUCCGAUGAAAAAGAAGUGCCAUUAAUAGUAGAAGAGUUAGAAAUAGAGGAAGAUGGCAAUAAGGCCACCAACCAUGAAGAUUCCACUAUUCCACAACAUCCUGAGAUCAUAGUAGAACAUCUAGAAGAUUUACCAAUAGCCAUAAAGACACCAGAAGAAAAUAGUAAUGGGGAGAAGGAAGAGAAAAACGUAAUUGAAGAAGAUUUGCAGAUCUCAGAAGUUGCCACUACUACUCUAUCACAAGAUGACCUGGAAGAAAAUGCUGAAUUCCAGGAAUUUACCCGAAGCAGUGACAGUGAUGCCAACGUUCAUCUCCGAAAAAGGUUUUCUCGUAAUGCUUCUGAGGAGGAAACCUAUGGUGUAAAUGAGCAGAAGAUGACAGAUAUGGGUGAAAAUCCAUUAAUCAUCAGGACGAAAAAUGACUUGGAAUCAAGAGAGACUCCAGCACCAACUCAUGAGAUAACGAUUUUUGAGCAGCCAGAGCUAUUCUACUUUGUCAUUUUCUUCUGGGUGCUGGUCUACUGCCUUUUACUCCUUCCACAGCUUCUUAGCAACAAAGUUUGAUCUGUGCGAGGUGUGGAAAAUAAAGGGAUGGUGGCUGGAUUGCUUUGUGUAUCAGCAGAUGAAUAUGUUCCUUCAGGUGAAGCACAAACAGAAAUCCAGGACCUGGUAUUUGUGUUUAUUAUCAGGUUGUUCUCAAUUUCGCUACUGUUGUGCUAUGACAGUGUCAAAGCACGUUUUAUAUUAUGGUAAUUGUGUAAAUAUAUAUAAAAAUUAUCUGAUUUAGUAGAUGCGAUUUUGUACAUUUGUGCCUUGCUUUAUAAGAUGCUAAAUAAAACCAGAUAAUUAUCAGUAGAGGUAUGAACAAUUCAGAGCUCUAGUCUUCAAAAAUUAUUCUUCUGGCUUCAUUUUCUUAUAUAGGGCCUGAUAGCUGUGGAAGAGGGAUGAUGUUGACUUGCAUCUGGAUCUGCCCACCUGCAAGGGCAAGGCUAGAAAUGCUUCUUCCCAUUUUCCAUUUGAAAGAGCUGGAGGCAGAGCAGAGCUCCAGGUAGUGAAACACACACCAGGAAUUGAUUACAGUUCCAGCAGCAAAUCCAGUGGAGUAACAAAAUCAGGUUGAGGGCAUACUGGGAUAGAGAAAUUAGAUUUUUUUUUUAGGAUUUAAAGUAAAUUUUAUCCUGCACCUUUUGGUAUGUUUGAUUUGCAGGAAUAAAUUGGAUAUGGAGAAGUGUGAAGAACAUACAUGCUACUGCUUCUUAGGAGACUUUAUAUGGGAGAUCUCAGGCCAGAAACUAAAGUUUUUUAAAAGUACCUCAGUGCUUCUGAGUCUGCUUCUGCUUCAAUUUAUUUGCUGCUUGUACUUACGGAUGGCAUAAAGAUUUCUGUCUUUUGCAGAUGCGGUAACCAGCUUUGCUGAGGUUACUGUUAAGGCUCUAGGGCAUGGUAGAAGAAUUAGAAGUAUCUUUUAAGUGUCCAAUUCAAUUGAGAAAGAAAUGACAGAUGUAAAACUAAGUACAGAGAAAUGCUGACAACUAGUCCAACUGAAGAGAUUCCUGUUCCUUGAGCUACUUCUGCCUCUUGUAACUUUUGUCCACAUCAAUGAUCACUUUAGGAUAUUUGAUAUAGGAUUUUUGCCAGAAAAGGUGUAAUCCAUGCUCUGCAGGACAAAAGAGAAGUCUCCAAUUUCAUAGCAGUAACUUUUCUCCAUGUGACUUUUAGUAAAGUCACUGCUUCUCAUUGGCAAAUUUUUAGUUUCACCGUAUGCUUUAUGAGACUGCAUCACAUUGCUGCCUCCACCUGAAAAUUCAGAAGCUUGACUGCAAUGUGCUUCCUUCCUAAAAUGAAGGGUUUUAUAAUUUUACACUGAGUGAAAAUUAAAUGACAUGGCUGUAAGUUUUACAUAUUCUGUUGUAGCAUAAGGCGUAUCCCUACCCUGGCUAAGUUUUCAGCUGAACUAAUAGCACCUGGGAUCAAGAUACAUCAAAAUAUAUAGCAACUGAGCUGCAGUUAGAAUUCAAUAGAAGUAAGGAAUGACAGGAGAUCUUAAACAUUGAAGAUAAAAUUCUGAAAUCCUUUUAAUAAAGCUGAAAUAUUUCCUAUUCUGUCCUGCCACUGUUGACUAAAGCUAGAUUUACCCCAUGAACCUAGAAAUAAGAUCCAUUCUUCUUGGUGAGGAAGAGAUCCAAACAUCCCAACUUAAUUUGGUUUAAAUCAGCUUAAGUUAAAAAAAAUACAUAUCUUGCAUCUUGUUCAUGAAAACAGUCAAGAUUUUGAGUCAGCUGAUUUUGUGAUCCAUUAACCUGUUUGUGCUUGUUGUGGAAGGCAGUGAUACUUUCUUCCAAAAGAAAACCUAAAUAAGAAUUUUUGAAGGUGCCUGCUGGAAGUGGGCUAAAAUACAAACUUGAAGGGUUAGUGCUUUUUCCCCUGAAAGAAUAAAACUUAUUAUAAGAAACCUUGUAUGCUUAUCCUGAAAACCAGAGUAGACCUGGGUGCAGCAUCUAUUUAGCAUCAGCAAGCAGCAGUGUACUCCAUUAGUUUGGAGCAAAACUGUUGACAGCUUUGCAUUAUGUUCCACUUUUCAUAGGCUUCUUUGGUUUGUGAAAACUUUUUCUGACCCUUUGUAUCUUUACUCUGGUCCUUCCAUGUUUAUUAAUCUUCAGGAGAGGCUAUUUAGAGUUGGAUUACAGUCUCUUUAGAGAGCUUUACAGCUAUCAAAGUUCAAUCAAGUAUGCUCCCUUCUUCUUUCCUUUCUCCUAAGAAAAUUAAUCAGGAUGUGGAGCUCUUUGGAUGUCUUAGCUAAAAACUGACAUCCAUGAAGAAUGGAAAGGUGAAGAGGAAUGUGCUGAUGCCAGAAAUGUCAUUACACAGUAUUUUUUGUCCAAGAAGGAGAAAACCCAAUGUUUUCUUGGUUACCUGCCACUGAUGAACAGUGACUGAUACACUGAAAUGAGCAGUUUAAAUGUCAAACAGCAUCCUGCAAUUGUAUUGCUCAUCUCAGUGUUUCAAUUGAUGUACACUUUCCCAGCCUAUCCCAUUGAGAGACAGAGAUGGCUUCUUCCAUCCAAAAUAGAUGAAAAAAAAGCCCAAAAUCCUAAGCCAUUCCAUGAUACCUGGUAUUACAUUACUCUCAAAUUUUGGGUUUGUUUUGUUGUGGGUGUGCUGUAACACAAGCACUGUACCUUACCCAGCCAUUGCAUGGGUGAGAAGAUCCAGGGUGAAGUGCUAAGAUUGAUUACACUGGUGUUGUCAAUCGUGCUUAAAAAAACUACUGAACUCUUCAAGACUUUUGCCUUCACCUGGAACUGUAAAGACUAACAUCUGCAUAAGCAGCAGCUUUCCCCAGUUAAACUGACUUGUGAGCCUACAUCUCUUCUUCCACAGUGCAAGAUCCAAUUCCUUAAUGCAAGUGCCCUGUUCUGAAAACACUGCUUAGUUUUGGGGUUUGUGGCUUAUUCUGAGCUGCUGCCUAAAAGCCUGAUUAUGAAACAUUUAUUAUGGCAAAGCCUAUUUUAACUUGCUGCCCAGAGGACUGGCUGGCAAUAGUGGAGGGUUUAAACCCUGGUGGGCAAUCCGUUGUCUACCCAUUUUCCAACAGAUAUGUGCACUGUCUGAAUACAGAAGUUUUUGCCAAACUUUUGCCUGGGUUGAAAAUGUUAAGCUUGAACUGCCCACAUUUGGUAUAUUGAUUUAGCAGCUGAAUUCAGAUACACCAGGGAACUGAUCUAUUCAGAGCCUUUCUAAAACCAGCUGGUUUUGAGCAAAUAUGGGUAGCAGAGCAUUGUGAAGUGUAAGUGUCAGGAAGUGCCUUGAGGAUUACUGGAUAAAGGAUGUUUGGUGUUCACAGAAGCAGCAUGAAAGACUGAGUGGCAGCUGUAAUAGGAUGGUUCAAUGUCAUUGUAGUCAUGUAACUUAACUGCAGAGUGUUUCAUUGUGAUUUUAUAGAAAGUGCAAGGAACAAUACACUAUUAAAGACAGAACUCCACUAAACAUUUAUGGGGCAGAUGACUUAGAGUUGAGGAACUUAGUUAAACAGUCACAUACAUAAUCUACAAACUGACCAGAAUAUAGCUUUUGCCAAAUUGUAGGAAAUUAUCAGUGCAAAGGCAGGGCAAGCACAGACUACAAUAACAAAUGACAAUCAAUUUUCAGCGCCAUGAAUAUUUUUGAGAGAUUGAGCUCUAAAAUGUAUUUUUAUUGAGUUUCUAGAUUGUAAUGAAUGUGUCUACAGAAUUUUAUGCAAAGCUUGAGAGUUCAGCUGUUUUAAAAUGAUUUUUUUAUAUAGCAGUGAUUAUUUUAUCUAUAUAUUUAAUAGAACUGUAAAACCAUUUUAAGAGUACCUGUAAAAUUCUAUGUAUGUGAUACAAUUAUUUAUUAAUUAUGACUCAUGAGAAUGAACAUUAAGCUAUGCAUUGGUUGUGUCAUCCGUUUGAAAACUGGAAACUGCAAACAGGUGAAGAGCUUUUAAUGAACAGCUGAUCUGAAAAGCAGAGGAAACGACUGAAUACAUUUGUGUGAUUCUUAAAGCUGCAUAGCAAUAUGUCAUUUUGUGAUGUUAAACUUUCAGCUAAAGUUGCAAAAUAUACUGAGUGAUCAAGCUACUUUCUUCCAUUAAAACUUCCUGAGGCUGAAAUUUCUACAUGUUGAUAUUUGGCGUCUAAACACACUUAAAUCCCAUACACUUUCUGGACCCUCUCAGUUCACUCCUGUUCAGUAUGACUGUAACUUCUUUAUUCAAGUAGUGCUCCACUGAGUUUACAAGGCUACAUGCCAUACCCACUGGGAGUAUUUAGGGUUCUCUGCACUAAUCCUCAAAGAAUCCAAGCUUUAGGAGAUUCAUUUGGCCAGUGUAUGUGGUAUCACAUUCAGCCAUCUAACACACUAAUAAUUAUAAUAGUGCAUUAUCACUUAUGCUAGCUUUAAAUACUUGGGAGUCCCUUCUUGCCAAGCACAAACGUGAAUGCAUCCAGUGAUGCAUUCAGUUCCUCUACUUCUGUGGAAGUCAGUGCAACACAUCUGUGUGCUAAGCACACACUACAAGAUCUGGCCCUGAGGGCACUUAAAUCAACAUCAACCGCAUAGGCCAGGAAGUUGCUGAAGCCUAUGCCAUGCCCGUGCAAAUCCAAUCACACCAACCAUACACCACUCACUUCAGUUGCCUCCAUUUUACACAGAGCAUUUGUUUGCCUCAAUUCUGCAAAAUCAACCCUCCAAAGAGAGGAAGUUAACAUUUACUUCCAUCUUCAAUUAAGAGAACAGCAGCAGGGAACAAAUAAGUGGAAAACAAAGGUGAGGUUUCAGGCUGGACUAUGACCAUGGAAGUUGCCAAACUGCUACAGCUGCAAGCUCAUACCCUGGCAACAGGUUGCCUGCUGUUUCCAUUGAGCUUAUAACAGAUCUGAAUGGACAUAAAAACCACUAAAUCCUUUGUAUUUCUGCAUUGUGCAGGUUUUUGUCAGGUAAAUAACUUCCCCUGGCACACCACUGAUAACACUAAUUUACAGCUGCCCAACUCACCAUUGUUCCCGUUCCAGGUUUGUAUAUAAACAGGACACACACUCUGGCUUGUCCUCACCCAUACCAGCCCAGGAUCAGGAAGCUGUUCAUGCAGGAGGAAGGGAUACAUGCACAUUAAAUGAUAUGGGAAAGUCAUGUUCUCUGUGGAGUAGCUCGCUUGCUCUGUCCAUUGCUUCACACAACUCCAGAGCUCACAAAGGGUGAAACAUUAAUCCCUAUUUUUUCAAGUGCCAUAAUAAUUUCAGAGUUAUCUUAACUGCAGCUGUGGAAAAUCAAAGUAUUUUUUUCCUCCACUAAAUGUAUGACAUGGAAAACCUCCUUGCACCUCAAGGAAAUUUUGAUAAUUCCUUUCCAAGCAGCUGCUACUGCUGAUACUGGAAAAUGAGACCCAUGUUAUUUUCUCCCCAUAGUGGGGGAAAUGUCUAAGUUUAUGUCUCUGACACAUAAAAUUGGCCCCUGAGUGAUUAAUAUAUUUUUUCUUCAUGAAAAGGUUAUAAGGACCAAUCAAAAAUUAUUUUACCUUAGUAAGAAAUAACUAAAACUAACCAUUCCAAGAAAGGCUAGUUCCUGGUCGUCGCUGCCAUGUUAAGGCAAGGUAAUAUGUUAUUCCCCAAACAGUUUCAUUAUUUUCACUGGGCCUUUCUAGAAUCUCUUUGAUUCACAGAAUGGAUUUUCUGUGUCCAAGAACCAGUUUGUACAGGGAGAUCCCUGGUCAAUGGCCAUUAUUAAGACUGUAACAGAAAAUCACUCGUUUAUUUCAAAAUGACUGGUCUGAUGUGAAUCAAGCAACUUUCGAUGUAUAUGCUGCUGAGUUCUUAAGAGAAACAUUGCAGUCACAUUUUAAUGCCAAUAAGUUCACAAGUCACAUAAGUAUUUUUACUAUAAUAAAAAAUUCAAUUAGUACUUUUGUCUUAAACAAAACAUUUUAAUAGGGAUACCACCUUGUGCUAUUGUAUACUGCUGUGUAAAAAGCUGAAUAAACUUGUUUACCUUUCUUGUUAAAGUUCUCUAGUUUAAAAUGUAACAUCCUACAAGGCUAAACAGUUAAUGAGGAACUUCAUCCUAAAUAAAUAAUUUCUAAGUAAGGAAUGUAAUAUUUAAAAUACAUGUUUCUCUCUGGCAAGUGGUGAGGAAUGAUGACUUUUUUAAAAUGAGAACAAAUGCUGGGAAGAUUUGAGUGGUGUCCAGAUAUACUGAAGGAAAUGCAAAUAGAUUUCUUCUGAACACUCAGUCAGGGGCUUGUAUUGGAUGUUUGCACUAGUUGAUCAAAGCUAAUUUUUGUGACAAAGAACUAAAUUCUUCUGUACAGCUGGUAAACAAAAUGGUCUUUAGGAACUGUUAUGCUGUAAUAAGAAUAGUAUUUACUAGUGAAUAGCUCCAAUUUAUUUUACAGAAUCUCCAAUUUUGAAAUAAAUGGACAGGCUUCCUGUAUCUAA